AUGGAUGAUAUUCUUGAGCAAUUGAACAACACUAUCAAAAGUAACACUCCAAUAAUUAAUGACAAUACCAAUAUCAUAUUUGGUGAAAAACAAUAUCCAAUUAAUGGCCAGGUAAAAUUCCAAAGUUCUACUCUAACACUUGGCCAAGUCUGGAUUUGUUUGAAGUGUAUUAAUGACGACUAUUCCGUAUAUUUGAAGCAGUGUAAGGAAGCCAACCUAAACCCUGUAAACAUUGGUAUUAAAAACUUAUUGAAAAGUUACUUCAAUGUUCAAGACACAAGCCUAUUCAAAACUUCAACAACCGGAGAAGUUAAACAAACAAAGAGAAAGAGAGAAUCAACAAAUGACGAUGACAAGAAAAGGUUGAAACCCUUUGAUUAUACCAAAAUUACAAUUCCUGAAAAAGAAUUUGGAGAAAAAGAACAAGAGUCAAAGCUAGAAUUUAUCAAGUUUUUAUCUAAUUCAUUGACGGAUGAUAUUAGUAAUGUAAACACAGAGCCUUUUUUACCAUAUUUAGAGUUUGAUAGACCACAAGUUUUAAAUUAUAUUAAUAACAAGGAAAUUCCAUUUAGUACCAGAAUUACACAAACUCAAAUUGAAAGAGAAUUUGUUGACAAGAAAGGGGAAAAUACUAAACAAUUAUCCUAUUUUACAAGCUAUUUGGAGAAUAUUAAAAGAUGUAAAACUCAUUUCACACAACACAAGAAGGAUGAAAAACAAAAGAGAAUCGAGAGAGAACAAUUAGCAAAACAACAAGGAUAUUCUCAGGAAAAUGCCAAGCUCAAUUUGAAAAUUAAGGGUACAUUUAACGAAAGAAAUUUGUGGAAUUCCGAAUUUGGUAAUGAAGACAUUAUGAAUGAAAUUCAAAUUGAUACUACAGGGUCAAUGAUGAUGAAAUCUGAUCCGGUCCUUGAGCCACUUUCAUCAGGUAACAAUACUUCAGCCCCACCUUCCACCACAAAUAAUACAUUCUCCACAAAUAUUGAUGAAACAAUCAAAAAGUCAGUUCCAAGUACUUCUAAACAAGUUAAAAAGCCUCUUCCAAUAAUUUUACUUCCUCCUGGCAGAUCCUCUCUUUUGACACUCUAUAACAUUAAGGAUUUCCUUCAAAGAGGAGCUUUUGUUUCGACAGACGAAAAGAAGAAAAAUAUUGAUCCAACCACACCAAAACCUAAGGAAGUUAUUAUCAAACACGCCAAGACAGGAACUCAAUAUCUUGUAUUGGACACCACUAAGAACCUUCAUAAGAAUGAUUGGGAGAGAGUAGUAGCCAUUUUCACAAUUGGUCAACUCUGGCAAUUUAAAGAUAGCAAUAAUUGGUUUUCUACAGACCCUUCUAUUAUCUUCUCCAAAAAGAAAGGCUUUACACUUGCCUAUGAAGGAGAAGCUUUGCCUCAAAAUACUCAAAACUGGAAUGUCGAAAAACUGUAUAUUAGUAGAUUAGAUUCAAAGAGACACACAGAUAGUACUGUAGCAAGAAAAUUUUGGAGCUCCCUAGGAAUGGAAUAA